GUCUCUUGGAGGGUGUCUCUUUAAAAAGGCGGAAGGGGUGGCCUCUACAGUGGCGGUGGUAACGUUAGUCUUAUCUAGCCACCACUAUUGCUGCAUAACUUUGAGCUUGUUGAGGGCUGUCACAUGACGGAAUGUGCUAAGUAGAUAGAUAUGUGUGUAGCAGAAGAGAUCUUAGCUUACUGUGACCGAGAGUAUGGUGUGGCGUUUCGUUUUCCAUACCAACUGAGCUGCGUUCGUCAGUAAAGGCGACUUCUGAGAACCGGAGAUAUUAUUCUAAUUUCCGUUCCUUUUCGUUUUUCUAUCCACACUGACAACAAUACGCAGCGUCCCUGUAUCCAGUCUAGUUUUUAAAAGGACUUGAGUGUGAAAGGGAAUUUGGCAAGAUGGCAGCAAUGACAGAAGAGAUAGGACUAUGCAGGAAUGAAUCGCUGCCAUCACCAUAGCACGCAGUGACUGUACGCUUUUAUCCGCGGCAGACCGCUUCAGUGUGGUGACGUUUUACCAGGUUCUCCGUGGCUAUUGACGAGGAGGUUCAAACUGGUGUAUUCAGUUGCCUCGCAAUCAAUGCGGGAUUUGAUCUUGAACGCGCAAGGUAGGAAUGUGUAAUCCGCUCAUUGAUGAACCAACUCGUGCUACACAGUAGAUUACUCGUGAACGAACUGCAGUCACUGUACUGUUGUCAUCAACAUUGCUCCAGGCGAGGAGAAAUACGACGAAUAUGCAGGCGAGGAGAAAUACGACGAAUAUGCAGCAACCCGUUUUGAACUCUUGCGAUUGUCAAAUGUAAAGUCGCUGUGGCUUGCAUUUGGAGCCAGGGAGAAUAGUCAUCGUUUAUUAGUUAUGGUGCUAAGACAUUUAUAAUAGUCCACGAGUAAUACGUUUGAAAUAUAUCCUGAUCAGCAUAGCGGUGCUUUUUUUUGCUACUAGAGGAUUUUCUCAAUUCACGCGGAGUUGAUAGUGACCCUUGGGGACUGCUGGUCUGGAAUAGCAACAAAGGCGGGGGCGCGCAUUCACGGAAUGUGAAUUUGACAACUCUCCACUACUUAUCUACUGACCUUAUCAACGGGCAGCAGGGACGUGCGAGUGACUGAAGGAGAGAUGGCCGAGGUUCCAGCGCCCAGCAUUCACACUGAGUUGGACGUGGCCAUAGACCCAGACUUCGAGCCACAGAAACGGCCACGAUCGUGCACAUGGCCGCUGCCCCGACCCGAGUCCAAUUCUGGGAAACCAGAGAGCAAUGACACUGACAUUAUACCCGAGGAAGAGGACGACGAAGAGGAACAACAUGCCACUUCCAUGGCCAUCAACGUCAAUGGCACCGGCUCCAGCCUGGGAGCAGACGACCAGAACAGCAACAGCCCUACGGCCGAAGGACUGCUGUCCAGACAGGAAAAUGGAGACUCCCCGCUCCCCUCCCAGUCCCCCACAGCCACUUCUGGCACACUCAGCACCAGCAGCCCGGGGGCGCAGACUGCACGGAAGUCCUCGUCGCGCAGAAACGCGUGGGGGAAUCUCUCAUAUGCUGACCUGAUAACCAAAGCCAUAAGCAGCACGCCAGACAAGAGAUUGACUCUGUCUCAGAUUUAUGAGUGGAUGGUGAGAUGUGUGCCGUACUUCAAAGACAAAGGUGACAGUAACAGCUCAGCUGGGUGGAAGAACUCCAUCCGGCACAACCUCUCCCUCCACAGUCGUUUCAUCCGUGUCCAGAACGAGGGAACGGGAAAGAGUUCCUGGUGGAUGAUAAAUCCGGAGGGAGGAAAAGGUGGGAAGGCCCCCCGGCGCCGUGCUGUCUCCAUGGACAACAGCAACAAAUACACCAAGUCUGCCCGCGGCCGCGCAGCCAAGAAGAAGGCGGCCCUGCAGGCAGUGGCGGCAGGCGAGGGGAGCGGAGACAGCCCCUCAGGGCUUUCCAAGUGGCCGGGCAGCCCCACAUCACGGAGCAGUGAGGACCUGGAUGCCUGGACAGACUUCCGCUCACGCACCAACUCCAACGCCAGCACGCUGAGCGGGCGCCUCUCGCCCAUCCUGGCCAACCCAGAGUUGGACGAGGUGCCGGACGAUGAACCGCCGCUGUCGCCCAUGCUAUACUCCAGCCCUGGCAGGGCGCUGUCGCCCGGGAACCCCCCCACGCCCAAUGGGAAGGCAGUGCCCGCAGAGCUGCCUCGUUUGGCAGACCUGGCAGGAACCAUGAACCUGAACGACGGGCUGGCGGAUGCCCUGAUGGAUGAGCUGCUGGAUAACAUUACUCUGGCCCCCAACCCAACCGGACCGACCGCCCAGAGAGGAUCCACCGGGUUCAGCUUUGGCUCCAAGCCUGCCGGGCUGGGUUCCACCUCCUUAGCCGCCUCUCCCUCCGCUGCAUCCCCCUCUAAUGGUGCAAGCAGCGGCGGCUACAAUAAUUCCAUCUUCGGGCCUCUCGCAGCGGGUUCCUCUCUGCGGCCUGCCCCCAUGCAGACCAUCCAGGAGAAUAAGCAGACGUCCUUCUCCUGCAUCUCCCACUUCGGCAGCCAGACCUUGCAGGACCUUCUCAACUCAGAGGGCCACAGCCACAGCGACGUCAUGAUGACCCAGUCCGAUCCGCUGAUGUCACAGGCCAGCGCCGCCGCCGUCAUCUCCCAGAACUCCCGGCGAGGCCUCAUGCUCUGCAGCGACCCCAUGAUGACCUUUGGGACCACGGUUGCUGGACAGGGAGGGCAGGGAGGUCUCUUGCACCCCCACAACCACAACCAGGGCUCCCUGAGGACCCUGAACGGGGGUCUGAGCCUGAACAACGAGGCCAACAUCAAGCAGCAGCUCCUGCAUUCUCCACUGAGACUUGGAUCCAACGGCUCCUCUAUGAUGCAGAUUGAUUCGUCUCUCUUCCUGAACGGGAGCGCUGGUGGCAGUGGUGGGAUCUGCUCGCUAGGCCCCGACCGCUUUCCCACUGACCUGGACUUGGACAUGUUUAAUGGGAGCCUGGAGUGUGACAUGGAGUCCAUCAUCAGAAACGAGCUGAUGGACGCAGAUGGCCUGGACUUUAACUUUGAGUCUCUGGCCAACCUGAACGGAGCCAACCUUGGCAGCUUCACCAGCACCAAGCAGGGACCUCAGAACUGGGUCCCUGGCUGAGAGAGAGGACUCGCUCUGGAGGUGGCGGAGCAGGUCCCAACUGUAAAGCAUGAGAAGAUCAGACACAAAAUGUCCUUUUUGCCAAACCUGCCAUCAGCACAACGUGGAAUAAAAACCCCUCUGUUUACACAAGACCUCCUCUAGAGAAACCUAACUUUGCUCCCACUCUGACCAACCAUGAAUGAUUUCAAAGACACAGACUCAAGACUCUACUGUCAGUUACUCAAAGCCUCCUGCAAAACAAAUAAAUAAAUAAAAAAAACUAUGUGAAAUCGUCACGACAAGCUCAUCUCAGAAUUAUGCAAUCUUCCUUUGAGAAAAUACCAGUCAGGUCAAAAUGAAUUGUAAAGAUUUCAGAGAGAGAGAGAGACUGUGUUUUGUUUAUCUGAAGGGGUUUUGGGAUGGGAAACCAGGACAUGUGGCAAGCAAGGUUGUAAUGUACAGUGAAGUAAUUCCUGUUCGAAAAAUGACAAAAGAUAAACAAAAACAAAAGUAAUGUUGUGUGAAAUCUAAUAUAGUAGUUUCUGGGGUGAGUUAUCUUGAAAAUCUUCCCUCUGUUUUCACUCAGUGAUUUUAAAUGUUUAAUGUUUGUUUUAAAUUCCUGUUUUAUCAUCAUCACUGUAUCUGCACCACACAUGUUUGUGUAAAAAAAAGUAUUGAUUCAAUUGAAGGAAGGAGACAAUAUCUGCAUUUAGAAUAGCGACAACACACACACGUUACACACACACACACACCUCCCAAAAUGACAAGACUCCAUAGCCCCUUAGGAGUGAUGGUGACAAACAUAACGCCAUGCACUUCAGGUUUUGUUGUUUUCAUUUUACAUGAGUUUGAUUAGUCCCAGUUUUAAAAUUACUUAUAAUAAUGAUGUACAAUUAUCCUUAGCCAAAUACUAUACAGAGAGAUUGGUAUCGUUUGUGUGUAUCUACAGUUGAAGUCGGAAGUUUACAGACACCUUAGGCAAAUACAUUUAAACUCAGUUCUUCACAAUUCCUGACAUUUAAUCUGAGUAAACAUUCCCUGUCUUAGGUCAGUUAGGAUCACCACUGUAUUUUAAGAAUGUGAAAUGUCAGAAUAAUAGUAGAGAGAAUGAUUUAUUUCAGCUUUUAUUUUCUUUCAUCACUUUCCCAGUGGGUCAGAAACUUACUUAAACUCAAUUAGUAUUUGGUAGCAUUGCCUUUAAAUUUUUUAACUUGGGUCAAAUGUUUCGGGUAGCCUUCCACAAGCUUCUCACAAUAAGUUGGGUGAAUUUUGGCCCAUUCCUCCUGACAGAGCUGGUGUAACUGAGUCAGGUUUGUAGGCCUCCUUGCUCACACACGUUUUUUCAGUCUGCCCACAUAUAGGAUUGAGGUCAGGGUUUUGUGAUGGCCACUCCAAUACCUUGACUUUGUAGUCCUUAAGCCAUUUUGUCACAACUUGGAGUCAUUGUCCAUUUGGAAGACCCAUUUGCGACCAAGCUUAAACUUCCUGACUGAUGUCUUAAGAUGUUGCUUCAAUAUAUCCACAUAAUUUUACCUCCUCAUGAUACCAUCUAUUUUGUGAAGUGCACCAGUCCCUCCUGCAGCAAAGCACCCCCACAACAUGAUGCUGCCACCCCCGUGCUUCACGGUUGGGAUGUUGUUCUUCGGCUUGCAAGCCCCCCCCCCUUUUCCUCCAAACAUAACGAUGGUCAUUAUGACCAAACAGUUCUAUUUUUGUUUCAUCAGACCAGAGGACAUUUCUCCAAAAAGUAUGAUCUUCGUCCCCAUGUGCAGUUGCAAACCGUAGUCUGGCUUUUUUAUGGCGGUUUUGGAGCAGUGCCUUCUUCCUUUCUGAGCGGCCUUUCAGGUUAUGUCGAUAUAGGACUUGUUUUACUGUGGAUAUAGAUACUUUUGUACCUGUUUCCUCCAGCAUCUUUACAAGGUCCUUUGCUGUUGUUCUGGGAUUGAUUUGCACUUUUCACACCAAAGUACGUGUUCAUCUCUAACGCGUCUCCUUCCUGAUCGGUAUGACGGCUGCGUGGUCCCAUGGUGUUUAUACUUGCGUACUAUUGUUUGUACAGAUGAACGUGGUACCUUGAGGCGUUUGGAAAUUGCUCCCAAGGAUGAACCAGAGUUGUGGAGGUCUACAAUUAUUUUUCUGAGGUCUUGGCUGAUUUCUUUUGAUUUUCCCAUGAUGUCAAGCAAAGAUGAACUGAGUUUGAAGGAAGGCCUUGAAAUACAUCCACAGGUACACCUCCAAUUGACUCAAAUGAUGUCAAUUAGCCUAUCAGAAGCUUCUAAAGCCAUGACAUAAUUUUCUGGAAUUUUCCAAGCUGUUUAAAGGCACAGUCAACUUAGUGUAUGUACACUUCUGACCCACUGGAAUUGUGAUACAGUGAGUUAUAAGUGGAAUAAUUUGUCUGUAAACAAUUGUUGGAAAAAUAACUUGUGUCAUGCACAAAGUAGAUGUCCUAACCGACUUGCCAAAACUAUAGUUUGUUAACAAGACAUUUGUGGAGUGGUUGAAAAACGAGUUUAAAUGACUCCAAUCUAAGUGUAUGUAAACUUCUGACUUUGACUGUAACUGUAACAAAAAAAAAAGGAGAAAAAAAAAGAGUAAUCUGUCAUGGAUCUAUGUAAAGUACACUGCAGUGGAACCUUCAAGUUAAAGGAGGAGCCGAGGAGGAGGGGGGAGUUUAGCAGUUAUUUCUUAGCUAAUUGGAAGGUUGCAUCUAGGACGUGUAGUACAGCAUAUGUAGCCAAAAUGAAUACCUAUGUUCUUGCGUUGUGUACAUUUACACACCAUAACAGGUGCUAUGAUGUACACAGUGUUUGGGUCCAGGCCCUAGCGAUCCGUGCGUUUUACCUACGCGGCCUGCUGAGUCGUAGCCGUAGAAGUAGCAACAGCAGGGUGGCGCUGAGAGGCCAGGAGGUUGUACAGUCAGGCUCCACCCCCUCUGGCAGCCAUUUUGUUUUUAUUGAGCAAAACAAUAAGCUAUCUGUGUAUAUUGCCAAAUUACUUGAAACAUGUACAUGUAGGUGAUGCUGGCAGCCAAAUUCACAACACACACACAUAGCGAAAAAUAAGAGCAGGGAUAUGUGUUUUAGCUCUGCUUGUUGUUUCGUUGUGGGCAUGAGGGGCAUGUUAUUAUCUGCAUAUACCAUCACUCAGGGGGAAGAGGGAGCUAGCCCAUGCCUAACAUUACCCCAGGUCACAUGGUAGGACACGCAACAACAUGUCCUUUGUUGGCAAAAUGUACUGCUUGUGUCGUGAACCUGUAACCUGUGAACUAUGACCUUUCAAGAGGAAGAGGAAAAUCUUCACUUGGUCCUGUCAUUUCAUUUUUUUGUCAUCGUAGUUUUUUCUUCUCAUGUGGAGUUCAUGAUGCGCGCACACCCACACCCCUCACAGACACACCUGGUGCUCCUACAGGUCUCUCCUGUAACACCUGAGUGUGUGUUCGUGUGUGUGUGACUGUAGACUUUUAUCUACAUUUUUGAUUUUAUCUCACAAGGAUAUGUUAUCCUUCGUUAUCCUUCAUGGCGCAUACAGCACCCCCUCUGUAUGCAUGUACUGUAUUAUGCAUUAUGAAUUGUGUGAAAUGCAUCUAUAUGCUCAGUUUAUGUCCUUAUAUACUCAUGUAGUACUUGGCCCUUGGUUUUUUGUGAUGCCUCGGAAGGUAGAGUUGAAGAAAGAACUUUACAUUACUUGCCGGGUGGGAGGGAAGACACUACGCUAGUAUUAGCAAUGCUUUUGUUGAACCAGAUAGAGAACCAGGAAACCAUUAUUGUAGCAGCAUCUGGGCCGCUGGUACCCCUUCUGUGUCUGGGGUAGUUACUCAGAGAGUUGCCCUGGCCUGUCUCUCCUGUAAAAUAGUGUACAAACAAACCAACGUGUGUAUGUAUGUCCGUCACCCGGAGGCUGAGGCAGGGGAGUGUUUGUGCAUGACUGGGUAGGUGAUCUACUGUAGCAGUGCUACCUGAAAUUUGGUGCAUGACCCCCCAACCCCUAACUGCUUCUUUACAGCCCCCACCCCUUCACUGAAGUUCUACACCAGUGGUGCACUCAGCUCUCUCAGUAUGGGGAGAAUCUCUAUGAGUCUGAGUAGAUCCCCCUAAACUUAAAAUCUUCUAACCACAUUGUUUUCUGGAACCUGUGACUUCCAACAAACCUAGAACUUCUAUGACUCCUCACUGCACCUUAACCCUUAUAGAAAUGCCCCUGUGUUAUCGUGUACAGACAGACAGAGAAGGGGAGAAAGAACCCAGUCAGCCCAGAACAGAUGUUCCACAAAUGCAUUCUUUGCUACUGCGUUUAGCCCCAUAAUGAUGGCACAUGCCAUCCAAACCCAGUAUUACCAGGCUGUAUCACAUCCUGCCGUGAUUGGGAGUCGCAUGGAGCGGCAUCCGCGUUUGGCCGGGGUAGGCCGUCAUUGUAAAUAAGAAUUUGUUUUUAACUGACUUGCCUAGUUAAAGAAAGAUUAAAGAUAAUGAUAAUUACCCCCAUGUCCGGAAUAAAAAGACAGAAGUGCCACUAGUUACUCUUUCAGUCAUGACACAAGCCCCCCGUUCUUCUAAGCUCUUCUUGAUCCUAGAACCUUCUGCACAUCAUUAGCCCCGCCCCUCACCUGCCAUGCAGUCACCUAUGACCGCUGCUCUUUGACCCCUGUAGUACACUCGCUUCUUCUCGACGAUGUUGAUGUUAGUGGGUAUUUUUCCUGUGUAUUCCAUUUUGAAUUGUAAUCUAGUUUGUAUAACAAAUGGUGCGCAUGUAAAUAAACCUUGGUGAAGCUCCACACUCUAA